CAACAAGAUAUUGAGACGCAGAUGAGACGCCGAUGCCGCCUAAUCUUGGAGGAGGAAUCAGAAGAUGAUUUCAGCUUUCAAGACUUCUUCAUCCCUGUUCACGCGUGUCCUCAAGGUGUUGUUGUCCGAGACACUCGACACAAUGAGAUGGUCAAGUCCAAUGGAGCUGCUCCUAUACCCCCGCGGCAACCAGUUGCUAUUAAAAAGAAUAUUCAGAACAAGAAAGGAGAUCAUUCUCCUGGCACUAGGAAGUUGAUGCCCACUGCUAAGUAGCAACGUAAGCUGCGACCUAUAACUGCUAAGACUAGCAGCUCCAAAGGUAUAGGGGCCGAUCGAUCUUGCAAAAUGCCCAAGGGAUGUGAUAGAGGGAUGUCCCCAGAGAUGGUGGAUGCACUUGGCGGGAAUAUGGAAGCAGAUACACCUUUCUUGGCCGAUCCUCUACGUCCCCAAUCAGCUGAUGCAACACGUGAGUUGGUGGAUUCGGAGGAAUCUUUGUCGGGAAAUGAUGGGCAUCCCUAUGAGAUUCGCCGACGGGACCCGAGUACGAAAAGGUAAUCGCAACGAUUGGCUCAAUCAUCCCGUGUGCGCCAGGUAGUGCGGGCGUUUGAGGCUGGGCUGACCAUGAGUAACCCGGUUAAUGAGCAAGGCCUACGUCAACCAAUAACCUCAGACAUUCUGG